GCGGCACCAUAUUCCCUCCCCCAGCAACUGAACACACUGCUGUAUUCUUCGUGAGCAAUGUCCUUUGGCUGCAGAUUCCCUGCAUUAUGAACUCAGAUCAAAGCCUUUAUGUGCUGCACCUGUGGGGUCUAGAAGUCAAUUCACCCUCAAUUACUCAAAGAAGCCCCAGAUCUUCAACUUCUCCAGCCAAGUCCACCUCAGAAUUGACCUUAGUCUAGAAGAAAUACUGAGAUUUAGUUAUUCAAUUUCCUGAACAUUAUUAUGGGGCGGCCAUCUUGCCUGAGCUGUUCUUAAUAGCAUUCAUGAAGCCCUUGGUCAGGAGGGGACUUUAUUGUCUUCUAUGGGAGAAUUUUCUAGGCAUGAUCUGUGCACAGGUCAUUGUACAAGAAAGAAGUAGACAAGCUUUGACAGUCACCUAUUGUGAAUGGUGGAUCCUGUGUUAUCUAUACACACAGAAAUGUCUCCCUCUUCACAAUUACCUGGCCUCAUCGAGGUGGAACGCAAGUUUGUCCCAGGACCAGAUGUAGAAAUAAAACUGUGCGCACUAGGGGCAAAGCUGCUUGAAGAGAUAACGUUUCGAGACUCUUACUAUGAUAGCCCUGAUCUACGCCUGACACUGAAUGACAUGUGGCUGAGAAGGAGGGGAGACAGUUGGGAAUUAAAGCACCCACCACAACGAGGAGCCAAAGGCCUUAAAGGAGCUUCCACACAAUACAUGGAGCUUACUUCUGAAGAUGAUAUUAUUCGCAGAGUUAGUGAAGAGCUGGGUGUCCCUUGUCCACUCAACAUAGAAUCUUUUGGAUUAAAUGAAUUUGCCAGUUUUGUGACACGCAGGCGCAGGUUCCUGUUGCCUCUUGCUGAAAACUCAGAUCCUAAAGUUGUUGUUGACCUCGAUGAGGCGGAUUUUGGUUUUACAGUAGGUGAAGUGGAAGUCCUUGUAAAAACGCAGGAAGAAGUUGAAAAUGCUUUCAAGAAGGUGGAAGAAAUCUGUAGACUACUAGGAGUAUUCCGGGAGACACCAGUCCAGGGCAAAGUGUCUACGUUUCUCCAGAUGAAUCGUGCUGAUCUUUACAGACAACUGUUGGAAGCCCAUGUGAUUUGAUCUUUGUAUGGACUGAAUACAGGAAAAGUCUACUGGACACUCCAUUGUACUGUAAUAAAUAAAGCUGUGUGUGUUGUCUAGAAUAAAUGCCAUGUAUGUCAAGCAAGAUAACAAGCCUUUCCACUACAAAUCACCUUUAAAUAAUCCUUGUAACAGCCUUACACUGUGAAGUUGCUAGAUGUGUAAUUCAGCCAUACCUUUUUGUCUGGAAUGAUACUGACAAAGGAAAAAAUUUCACUCCAUUCCUUAAUUGAGCAUAUGUCUAAUAAAGGUGAGAACAUCUC